UGACUUCAGCUAAUGUUUUUACUAUGAAAAUGUUUCUAUGCCUGUUUGUUUUAUGGAAGUUUCCUAUUCAAAGAACUCACAGAGCGAGAUGAAAGGGAUUAUUUACUGUAGUCAUUAUUAUCAGUGACACAAAGUACGUGUCCGGUAUCUGGCUACAUCCAGUACUGAUUUUACUUUCACCCUUUGCACCUGGGAAGUUUUCUGUUUUUCCCUCAGCUGUUGCAGACAUGCUCUCUCUGACGUUAAGGCAAAGAUUACAGCCCCUUUUUCUCAGUGCUUCAGCAUGUUUGGGCCAACAGAGGCAGAUGACUGCAAAAUCUUGCAGAAGACACCUCAGCAACAGCAGCAGCAGCGAUGGGUGGACAGGACAGGAGAGCCUGGCUCAGGAUGACCCAGAGAUGUGGAGACUCCUGCAGCAGGAGAAGGACAGGCAGUGUCGGGGACUGGAGCUCAUCGCAUCAGAGAACUUCUGCAGUCGUGCAGCUUUGGAGGCACAGGGCUCCUGUCUGAACAACAAAUACUCUGAGGGAUACCCAGGACAAAGAUACUACGGAGGUGCGGAGAUUGUCGACCAGAUCGAGCUGCUGUGUCAGAAGCGAGCGCUCUCGGUCUUUGGUCUGGAUCCCAAUCUGUGGGGCGUUAAUGUUCAGCCAUACUCUGGAUCCCCUGCUAACUUUGCAGCCUACACCUCUGUGCUGCAGCCUCAUGACCGCAUCAUGGGCCUGGAUCUGCCUGAUGGGGGACACCUUACCCACGGCUACAUGUCAGACAACAAAAGAGUCUCAGCCACCUCUAUUUACUUUGAAUCGAUGCCUUACAAAGUGGAUCCCCAAACAGGUCUCAUAGAUUAUGACCAGCUGGAGAAGACUGCUCGCCUUUUCAGACCCAGACUUAUCAUAGCAGGAACCAGCGCCUACGCUCGUCUCAUCGACUACUCUCGCAUGAAGAAGUUGUGUGCGGAGCUGAGUGCCUACCUGCUGGCAGAUAUGGCUCAUAUUAGUGGCCUGGUGGCUGCAGGAGCUGUUCCCUCUCCUUUUGAGCACGCUGACCUUGUGACUUCCACCACCCAUAAGUCCUUGCGUGGAGCAAGGGCUGGCCUGAUCUUCUACCGGAAAGGUGUGAGGUCCGUGGAUAAGAAAGGCAGGGAAGUCCUUUAUGAACUCCAGGACAGAGUGAACUUUGCUGUGUUUCCAUCACUUCAGGGAGGACCUCACAACCACGCCAUUGCUGGGGUGGCUGUCGCCCUCAAACAGGCUUCCACUCCCAUGUUCAAGAGAUACAUCCAUCAAGUGCUGCUGAACACCAAAGCCAUGGCCAAUGCUUUGUUUAAAAAAGGCUACACUUUGGUGUCAGGUGCUGAUUUCUCAGGUGGAACAGACAACCACCUGGUUUUGGUUGAUCUUCGACCUCGUGGUAUGGAUGGUGCUCGAGCUGAGAGGGUCCUGGAGCUGGUGUCAAUCACGGCCAACAAGAACACCUGUCCUGGAGAUAAGAGCGCCCUCACUCCAGGAGGACUUCGACUUGGAGCUCCAGCUCUGACCUCUCGGCAGUUUAAGGAGGCAGAUUUUGAAAAAGUUGUGGAGUUGAUUGAUGAAGGGAUUCAGAUUGCACUGGACGUGAAGAAGAAGACCGGAAACCUGGCUAGCUUCAAGUCAUUUCUGCUGGAGGACCAAGAUACAGUGUCACGCAUCACAGAGCUCCGCCAGCGGGUGGAGCUAUUCGCCAGGCCCUUCCCCAUGCCAGGAUUUACUGACCAUUAGAAAAAACUCAGACAAACAAGCUGUAAUGCAGAGUGUUACACUUUGUUUUGUU